AUGGCGGCGCGGUUUGGGGCAGAGAGUAAGGUGGAGCCGACAGCGCAAGGCAUCCGGAGCCCGCCGCGGCCGCUUCUACGCCGGCGAAGCACCAUCAAGCUGCUGUACGGCCCCGGCAUCGCCUCCCCUGGCUUAGCUCUCAGUCAAGAUACUUUCCUCGACAUCAUGAAGGAGUUCAAGGCGCAGUCGAUCGACACGCCCGGUGUCAUAGACCGCGUGCUGCAGCUCUUCCACGGGCACCGCGAGCUGAUCCUCGGCUUCAACAAUUUCGAGUACAAGAUCGAGUUCUCCGACGACGAGAAGGCGCCGCGCGUACAGCUCAAGUUUACACGUGUGUACGUGUGGAUCCGAGAGAGCGCUGCGUAG